CUUCACCGAUUGGGACGUAUCGCAUAUGUGGCAAAGCGCAAGCCGCUGCUCUCUCCAGCGGUACCACUCGCUCGUCCCUACUGGUUACGGUUGACGAGUAAUCACGAAUGGCGCGCGGUCAUUUUCACAGAUGAAGUGCAGGUGGUGUCUGGCAACAAGGGACCUCUCUGGGUGCGCUGUCUGGCCUCUGAGCGCUACCAGAAUGAUGCCCUGGCUCCCAGGUUCCGCAAAGAACAUGGCUUCCAUGUUUGGGCGGGUACCUGGCAUGGUGGGAGGACGCCACUCAUCAAAUUGGACCUCGCAAAGAGUGGGGGCAAAAGAGCAGGAUUCACCUCUGAACUCUACAUCCAACAAAUCAUCAACCCGGUCCUCAAACCUGCUUAUCAACGUCUGCGCAACCGCUGGAGGGGCUACUGUGAGCCUGUCAUCAUCCAAGACAACUCUAGAGUGCAU